UGUUAAAGCCGAGUAUGCGGGUUGAAGAUUUCUACGCAUUUUCACGAUUAUCCCUUGUCUUUCUUCCUCUUGGCUCUUGUCACUCUCCACCCAUAUUACACCUGUAUUACACACAAACUAGUACUUCCACUGGUACUUCCAAACUUCCAAUCCACUUCCCUUCCUCCCCUUCUAUCAUCGCCUGCAACCUUCUCUGUGUCUCUCUCCGUAUCUGAGUGCAUCUGCGUAUCUGCGCGUAGGCCCGAACAUCAGACAGACGUGACUCGUCAUCGUUCAAACUUUCUUUUCCACACACACCCACACGCAACCACCAAUAUACCUACAAUCCUACCUACCUACAUACGACCACCUUCCACUCCGGAGUACAGUCAGAGUCAGAGAACACAUACCAUCCACACAUACCAACCACAACCACACAAUAGCCUUAUUCCCUCAAGGCCCUUUUCCCUUAUCCCACUUAAUAUACCAACUCACUUCGCCCUCUUUUCUUACCCUUCCUCCCUUCUUAUUCAGCAUCUGCUCUUCAGCAAACAACAACUUCAAUACCGUCCGUUUAUAAUCAAUCAUACUCAGUUCGACUCGACAACUUCGAGUCGACCUUUCCAAUCCCAACCUCAAACUUAUACCAAAUUCACAUAGCGCGUUUGUUGACGGCCACUGCUGUCAAUGAACCUGCAAUCCAUCUCUCUCCGAAUCUAAUAUCCUCCCCUCCCAGUCAAUGAGAGGACUCACCAUCUGCUAAAUGCCCAUUUACUCAAACCUCUACUCCAAUCUCGCACGUCAGGGGUUCGCCAAAACAUUUCACCACGGAUACGCCCAGUCACUCGUUGCUGCGACACACCCGUCCUCCUACCCGAACCAGCACAACCGCAGCGCGUUCGCUCGUCGCCACAACAGUGUUGGGAAGCUCCACAGCUACCGCUUCAAGAAUGCGUUUCACACCAGCGUAAAUGCCUCGUCGGCGCUCACCCUCCAGCAGGAUGUGCGACCAGAGAGACUCAAUACCGAUGCGGGGCUAGACGCCUACUUCGAUGCCUGGAAGAAACAGCACCCCGUCGGGGAGCCGGAGAAGGAAUGGACACAAUUCCAGUUCGCCAAGCGGAUUGAGUGGAAGCCUUCGGUUCCAGAGGUCGAGGAGGUAACUGCAGAGGCAGUAGUCGCAAGCUAUGAAGAUCAGCGCCCGGGCUUGGAGAGAUCCCAAAGCACGGGCGACCUUGAUGGCCUAAGGAAGGCGCGCAGUGACACAUUCGUUUCAGUCGAGGGAUCGGGCGCUGUUACCCCGGAGGUCGCGCAGCAGAUUAGAGACCUCCAUAUCAAUGGAUUGGAGCAGGUUGCUUCGGGGCUCGUAACACCUCCUAUGAGCCUUGAGGAUUUCCGCCGCUCGCCAUUGUCGACCAGCUCCGUCACGACGACCUCGGACCUCCAAUCCCAGAGCUACGCUGAGCACCUCACGAAGCUCUCUCAAUCGCAGCGCUAUGCCGAGAUCCCCGCCGUUUUCGAGUCCAUGCUUGUUGCUGGCAUCAAGCCAGUCGCGGACUCAUACAACGCGCUUCUCGACGCUGCUAUCCACCUGCCUGCCGAAAGGAUCCAGGUGGUUCCCAAGGCUCUCGAUGUCUACUCCGACAUGCUUCGCCGCAAGGUGGCACCCACCACCGCCACCUACAACACUCUCAUCAACCUUCUCGCCUCCAGAUCUCUCGAGGUCAACGAGUCCAAGAAGAUGUUGGAGGAGAAGCGGGCCCGUUUCGGCGGUAUGGAGCAGCCCGACAAGUUCAUGCUCGCGUCCAGCGAGAUGGAGUUCGACAUCUUGUCCGAAGACGACAGGCUCGACUUUGCCGUCAAGAUGUUCGAUAUCUCCAUGAGGACCAACAAGGACCGCACUUACCCAGCAGAGACAUACUUCAAGCUCAUUUCAGCUUGCGCUGAGGCUGUUCGCGUCAACGAUAUGGCGCGCUUCUACGAGGACAUGGAGUCGAAGAAGGUUAUCCCUCUGGCUGCCACAUUCCCAUCGAUGAUCAAGGGAUACGCAGCUUCCCGCGAUCUCACCAGCGCUGUUGAGUGCUACAACGAAUACAAGGACAUUGCUGUUGCAGACAACUACGGACUGGUGGAACUUACUGACCGCCAGGAUGCAUUUGUCUACGCUGCUGUUGUGAAGGCGUACGUCGAUUCCGACAAACUUCCCGGAGCGAUCCGCUUUUACGAGAAGAUUGUUGAGUCAUCGAGCGCAAAGAACUCUGCAGUGAAGGACAUAAUCGUGUCACACGGACUUGUUCAGGGGCUGCUUGACCGCGGUGUUCACGCCGAAGCUCUUAAGUGGGCUCAGGGCUUGAGCUUCGCACCCAAGGCCUCCGCCAUGGGCAAGAUUGCUGCUUCUGCAGCCGAUGCUGGUAACACCCCAGUUGCUCUUUCAGCAUUCGAGAACGUCCCUCUAGACAGCCAAAAUGUUGCGGCUCCAGCCAUGGCGCUGCUCGCUCUUAGCGUCCGCUCUGGAAACGUCGCCGAGGCCUCCAAGUACUGGCAGAUUCUGUCUGCCCCUGGAAUGGCCAUUUCGCCUUCAUUCAUUGAGCCGACGGCCAUGUAUGCCAUCAGCAUGAUCGGAUCUGGACAGGCUGCUAUCGGACUCUCCCAGGCGGAGCAGAUGUUCCAGCGCAUCAGGGAAUCUGCCUCUUCGCAGUCGUCGAUUGCUGAUGAGGUGGAGGAGGGCAUGCUGCUUGUGGAGCAGUUCAUGGGAAAGCGCGGCAUUGUUGACCCCCGUACUAUCGAGUCGCCUGUCGUCUACCAACAGCAGUUCCCAACACACUUCCAGGCGCCGGUUACUAGGCCAUCAUUCGAGGACUCAUUCGAUCCUUAUGCUGCCUCUACCGACUUCAAGGGCUCGUCUCUCAUCGCUGAUGAGCUUGAGAGGGGACUUACCUCCCGCGCGAAGGUUUCUCGUCUCAAUGAGGCCCUGAACAGAUUCCGCAACAUCAGACGCGCUGGUCGCCACCCACGCUACAUCACAUACGCCAAGCUAAUUUCCGCUGCUGCGAGAGAGGAGCGCACCAACCUAGUCCACGAUAUUCUCGGCAUGGCUAGGUCCGAUGUUCCACUCCUGACCCAGUACCCUGUCGUCAGAUACGGAUGGGUGUCGAUUCUGGAUGCCAUGGUCGGAGCCUGCCUCACGCUCGGCAACCGCACCUUGGCUGCCCAGUUCCACCAGGAGCUCCUCGACAUGGGCGCUGCGCCGACCGCGAACACCUUCGGUCUGUACAUCACCACUCUCAAGGAGUCGACCAAGACCUUCGACGAGGCUUCCGAAGCCGUGAAGAUCUUUCACCGCGCCAAGUCCGAGGGCGUCGAGCCUUCUUCCUUCCUCUACAAUGCUCUCAUCGGCAAGCUCGGAAAGGCCCGCCGCAUCGAUGACUGCCUCUUCUUCUUCGCGGAGAUGCGCUCCCUCGGCAUCCGCCCCACCAGCGUCACCUACGGCACGAUCGUCAACGCGCUCUGCCGCGUCAGCGACGAGAAGUUCGCCGAAGAGCUGUUCGAGGAGAUGGAGUCGAUGCCUAACUACAAGGCUCGCCCUGCCCCUUACAACAGCCUCAUGCAGUUCUUCCUCACCACCAAGCGCGACAAGACCAAGGUGCUCAUGUACUACGAGCGCAUGAAGAGCAAGGGCAUCCAGCCUACGAAUCACACAUACAAGCUCCUCGUCGACACCCACGCCACGCUCGAGCCAAUCAACAUGGCUGCCGCUGAGGCCGUCCUAGACGUCAUCCGCAGCACCGGACAGAAGCCCGAAGCGGUGCACUACGCGUCCCUCAUCCACGCCAAGGGAUGCGUACAAAACGACAUCGCCGGCGCCCUCGCAGUCUUCAACUCCGUCUCAGCAGACCGCUCCAUCCGCCCGCAAGCAUGCGUGUACCAAGCCCUCUUCGAGGCUCUGGUCGCAAACCACCGCGUCGCUGAAACCGAGCCGUUCUUGCAAGCUAUGACUGCGCAGAGGGUGGAGAUGACGCCGUAUAUCGCGAAUACGCUCAUCCAUGGGUGGGCGAACCAGGGGGAUUUCAAGAAGGCGAAGGAGGUCUUUGAUGUUAUCGGCAGGGAGAAGAGGGAGCCGAGCACGUAUGAGGCUAUGGCCCGCGCGUUUUUGGCGGCGGAGGAUAGGCCUGCGGCGAUGAGGGUCGUGCAGGAGAUGUUGAGUAGGGGGUACCCGAACGCUGUGUCGGGGAAGAUCCUUGAGCUUGUGGGUGGGGGGCAUGGAGAGGUGGUCUAGGGAGACCGCUGUUGCUGCCGUUCGUGCUGCAUGUGUGUCCCGAGGGUGGUGCGGCCAUCUGAGGGGGACACGUAUCGAUAUUUACCGCUUUUCCUUUGUUUUCUGAUACCCAGUGCGAGACAGUAAUAUAAAAUUUUCGGGAGGAAAGGGGUGGGCGGGUGCAAAACUGGGUGUUUUAUCUUUGCUUUUUGUUUGGGUUGGGCAUAUCUGGAACCGGGCAUUUUUGUGGCGGAAGAAAGGACGGGGGGGCUCUGGUUCGGGUUGGCUAGCCCUUCGGUUGAAUCGAUUUAUCUUGUCGUUUCCUUGGCGUUUUGAUAUCAUCGGUGGUGGUUGGGCGGCCUUUGCUCUGUUGCGACUUGUAUCAACAUUGAGCUUUUGGCGUUUGUUUCACACGGAAGGGGUUUGGGUGGCGGGGCAUAAGGGAGACAAACCCAAAUAUUCGUGUGAUUUAGACAUUUCUCCACUCUUCGAUCUAGACGGCGGGCUCUUUUUGCGUGCGAUUGUGCAUGAGAGGGCGUGGGGUCUGGACUGACCUGUAGUAUAGCUAGAGAUAGCAUAUAAAGAUAAUCUGCCAACUUGUUGUUUUU